AUGGCCCUCCCCAGCAACCACCUCCUCAACCGCCUCCUCAUGUACCUCCUCAACCACCUCCUCAACCGCCUCCUCAUGUACCUCCUCAACCGCCUCCUCAACCGCCUCCUCGAGCACCUCCUCAACCGCCUCCUCAACCGCCUCCUCAACAAGCACCUCCUCAACAAGCACCUCGUCAACCGCCUUUUCAACAAGCACCUCCUCAACAAGCACCUCGUCAACCGCCUUUUCAACAAGCAGCUCGUCAACCAGCCGGUCAACCACCGGCUCCAAUGCGCUUUCAACAACCACCUCGACCUGCUCAACAAGCUCAGGUGGAACCGCUGGUAA